AUGGCUCGAAUGAACCGCCCAGCUCCUGUGGAAAUCACUUACAAGAAUAUGAGAUUUCUUAUCACUCAUAAUCCAACCAAUGCAACCUUAAACAAGUUCAUAGAGGAACUUAAGAAGUAUGGAGUUACUACAGUAGUAAGAGUCUGUGAAGCCACUUAUGACACUGCUCCUGUAGAAAAGGAAGGGAUUCAGGUUUUGGACUGGCCCUUUGAUGAUGGAGCCCCGCCAUCUAUCCAGAUUGUUGAUGAUUGGCUGAACCUUCUGAAAGUUAAAUUCCGCGAAGAGCCGGGAUGUUGUAUUGCUGUACAUUGUGUUGCUGGUCUUGGAAGAGCACCUGUUUUAGUUGCCCUUGCACUCAUUGAAUGCGGAAUGAAAUAUGAAGAUGCAGUGCAGUUCAUAAGACAGAAGCGCCGUGGAGCCUUUAACAGCAAACAGCUUCUCUAUUUGGAGAAAUAUCGUCCCAAAAUGCGUCUGCGUUUCAAAGAUUCGAAUGGUCAUCGUAACAACUGUUGUAUUCAGUAAAAAAACCAAGCUGCCUAUAUUGCUGCUUUGGAAGUAGAAGACUUAAAACUAGAAUUGGGAAGGUUAUGUGGAAAAACUUACAUGUAUGUCUAACAUGAAGCUUCUGUAGGUGUAGGCCACAAUGUUGUUGGCAGGAGAGCAUCUUUGUUUAGAUGGUGAUCUUUUUAGUGAACAAGAAACUUACAUGGCCUUUAAAAUGUCUUAUUUGUAAUUUGUACCAUUAAACUAUCUGUAAUCAUGUAGCUUUUUUUUUUCAUUGAAGUCCCAGUAGGCAAACCUUCCAGAACCUGAGUAGAGAAUUCGGUGCCAAACGCCCAGUGCACUAUUUCUGUAUACAACAGUAUAGUUUCUUAGUAACUGCAGUUACCUGGACCUUUGCCCUCUUCUCAAUUGUCUUUUUUUUUUGUGUGGAUAGAGCUUCAUAGUAUAAUUUACUGUGUUUUGUUUCCCACAGUCGCACUAGAAUGAGUAUCAGGAUUUGCACACAAUUGAUGGACUUGGUGACUUUUGGUGUCUAAACUUGUGUUACUUCACAUUUUUCAUUCACAUGCAUUCAAUGGGUUUUUUUUUCCUUAGAAAGCAAACCUUCACGCUGUACAGAAGCACACAAGUCUUUAAUGUCUCCAGACAAAACGCCUUACAGUUAAAUAAAUACAGGCACAUGAUGUGCAACCUUUAGCAGAGGGCCUGUAAUAGGAUGGGAAGGGGACGAAUUAAUAUUUCUAGUCAAAUGUUGCCUUUUGUCUUGUGCAGGAAGUAUAGAAUAUGCCCUUUACUUUAGUAAAUAUUUUUUUAAUGUAGAGAUGCUUUAUUGUAGCUGAAAAUUCUUAAUCAUAAAUUUCUCAAGAUCUUGUAAUUUCUUUUAUCGUACUUAUUGGAAGUUGUUUACCAACUAUUGCUUUAUUGAGAGUGAUUUUUUUUGUUUUUCCUUGAGUUUCUGCCAUGAAUGUGGCAGUCCUCUGUAAGAUUUUGUAUGCCUUUUGAGCUGCGUAACUUAAUAUUUGGAUACUUGAUAAUUUGUUAUGUAAUUGAUAAAACGGUGGUGUGUAUUAAUGUUCAACCAUAUAUUUAUACGUCUUGGGAAUGUGUGGUUAUAGUACUGUGGGAGAAAUAAUUUGCCAGUGUUCACCAGCUUGUAAAAUCUAGUGCGAGAGCUCAAACAUCUAAAUAAACUCAAAGCUGCAUUGCA